GGCCACCAUGUCCCUCUGCCGGGCCACGCUCCAGGGCAGCAGCUCCAGCGACAUCUUCUUCCACGUGGUGACCCCCGACAGAAUCCCGCAGUUUAUUAUCCCGUCCCUGGACGUCCACAAGAAGCAGAGAUGCUCAGGCAAGGGGGCGGGACAGCUGGAGGGGACGGGGCAGCUGGAGGGGACGGCUUGGAGUGGCAGCUGGGACACGGCGGUGCAGGAUGAGCAGGGCUCUAACUCAUCCUCUUUUAACUCAUCCUGCUCCAACCCAGACCCCACUGCCUGGGCAGCUCUGUCCCUGCCGCACCUCCCCAAGGUCACCACCCCGUACGGCUUUGUCACCCUGGGGCGCAGCCCGCAGGUCACCAGUGAGGAGGCGUUUUUUCACUCGGGCUCAGGCCACCCUCGGGGUCCCGGGACACGUCCCAAGUGGCAGGAGGAGCCGGGAUGCUGCGGACAUCCCGGGAUUCCUGCUGCUGAGGGAGACUCCGGCAUGGGAGGAAGCCAGAGGGACCACAAGCAGCCAAGUGCCCGUGCCAGCGGUCACAAGGGCGAUGGAAGCAGCCCGAGCCCAGCGGGGCUUCCCCUGCCCAGAUGUGCCAGAGACAUCCGAAUAACAGAGGCUCUGGAAAGCCGAGAGGCCGAGAAGAGGGACAGGAGGCCUCUGGGCAUGGACUGUCCGAGGAGCAGCUCCAGCCUGGAGCUCCCCACGGCGACAGCCAGGAAGAAUUUGUUCCAGAGGAUCCUCAGGAGGCACCUUGUCCACCCGCGGCAGCUCAAGCCUGGGCAUUUCACUCUCCACUGAUCCUGCAAAGCAGCUCCGAGGAACUGAGGCUCCCUAAAGACCUGGAGAAAAGACAUUUCUGUCAAUGCCUCAGAACGCUGAGCAGCCAGGCUCAGCUGAGAGUCUGGGUGUCACCUUCCUUGGGGUGACAUUGCUGGUGGCACCGGCAGGGCACAGCGGGGAGGGACACAGCAGUGGGGGGAGCAAAGGGGCUCUGCGGGUUUGUGAUUUUUCAGAGCCUGAAUAAAAGUGCAAACAUUCCA